AUGGUCCUUCUCCCCCUCCUCUUCUACGCCCAGGUGGCGCUAGCCCUCGUCAACUGGCCCCAGCUCAGCCCCCGCCUCACCACCGUCACUCGAUCUCAGCGAGAUAUUGCCGAAGAGAUCCCCAUCGACCAGCUCUCCACGUUUGGACUCUCGUUGAACACCUUGGUGUUUGACAAGAAAGGCUAUACCACCGAUGCUUUGGACGAAUUGCCUGCCAUGUUGGCCGUGGGCGUGCAGACGUUCAUGUUGGACUUGUACUGGAACGAAGUAACCUCCAAGUGGCAGUUGUGUCCUGCUCCCUUCCCUGGCAAUGCCACCAUGGAUAUUGCCCCCAAGGACUUGUUCUGGAACGGUCACAACUACACCUGUGGCGUGCUGUUGACGCUUGGACUGAUCAACGCCUGGAUCAACACCUACAUUGCUGGCACAAACUCCAACAUGGACGCCAACUAUCUCCAGUUGCUUUUGAAUCUCAAAUCCAUUAAGUUUCCCCAGAACUCGUCCCAGAUCUACGUGCCUCGCUCGGCAGAGUUCGCUAGCUUGGGAAACUCUACCUUAUCAGAUUCUGUGGCUUCCUUGGGCUCCUACAUCUUCACUCCUCGCGACCUUGCUUCCUUCAGAAACUCUGCUGUCCCGAGAACAGGGUCUGGGGCCUACUACAAUCGCUCCGACACCCGCAUGCCUCCGUUGUCGAUCUUCUUGUUGAAUGACUUUCGCAGAGUAUUGAUCAACGUGGUGUCCAGCGACUUGGAUGAGUCGUCUUCUUCCUCCUACAACAUCUCUACCCAGGAUAGAGAUACCCUCUUCUUCGACUCCACCUUGCCCACGGUCAUAGACACUGCAGACGACAACCUCUACUCCAGCUGUCUCGAUAUGAUCAACGGCUCAGACCUUACCAGCAGCUACUCCAAUGUGUCCCUUAACACCCAUUUUCGAUUCUUGAUGGAUGGCGACGACGACCUGUUUACCAACGAAACCUACAUGAACUACAUACGAUGUGGGCACUCAGUGAUCCUCAACUCGUCAGAGUACGUGUUCGAAAAGCAGGACUACAAUUCCAGCCAGAACCAUUCGGUGGGCGCCAUUUGGGACUACUUGCUUCCCAGCUCAUACUGGUCGUGGGCAAUAGGGCAACCUAUCUCUGGGGUAAAUAAUACAGUCCUCACCAAUUUUACCGAUGAUCAACCCGACACCUCGGACAGAGAACUCAGGGCCCAUUGCGUGGCCCUCAACCCUGAGGGAUUUGUGCUUUCCAACUGCUACGACCCAUUCCACUACGCCUGCCAAAACGAAAGCGAUCCCACCGACUGGAACAUCCCCAGGGACCUGAAAAGACGGUAUUUUGAUGCCUACAAGCCCGGAAACUGCCCUGACGGGUACCGGUUCACGUUGCCACGGCUGAGCAUCGAACUUCUAGCGCUCAAGGCCAGGGUGGUGGAUGACGAGUUGCCCUUUCCAGUGUGGAUUGACCUCAAUGACAUCACAGUAUCGAACUGUUUUGUCUCGGGAGGUCCCUAUGCCCAGUGUCCAUACCAACAGACGGUGACCCGGUCACAAUUGGUAUUGAUGAUCGCUCCGUCGUUCGUGGUAGCUGUGGUGAUUAUCAUCUUGAUUUUCAUGGAGAAGAUUCUCCGAGUGACUCCCAUCCACACCAACAGAAGAAGGCACUGGAAACACAUCAUUAACGAAUAUAACGAAAAGCAUGAGUACGAAGGAGUUCCUUCGUAG